UCAGGGUAUCACGGGAGCUGCCCUCCUUAUGCCAUUGCUUCCAGGGCCUGGGAGAAUCCUGUCUGCUGCCUGCGCUGCAGAGCAGCCUGUGACCAUUAACUUCUUCACCCUCCACCCCCGGCCCAGGGCGGGCACCUGGGGCCCCGGGUCACGUGCCAGGCAAGGGGUUUGUCCCUGGGGCCCCUCCGGCCCCACCAGAGCCAGGAUCCUCGGUGCCCAGGCUCAUGGCCAUGGCCCUUGUGCUCCUCGCGGGGGUUCUGCUCCCUUGCCCAGGCGAGUUCCUGCCCUUUAAAAAGAGGUUCAUGAAGGUGAACGGAGUGGAGUGCUCCCACCACUCCGAGUGCGUCAGUGACUGCUGCCUAAUGAACCUGGACCACGGAGGCGCCUUCUGUGCCCCCAAGGCCAGAAUAGCCAUGUUGUGCCUGUUCCAGACCAAAGGAGCCCUCAACGUCAUAUGCCCCUGCCAAAGCGGCUUGAGUUGCAUAUCCAAGGACCCAAUCUGUUCCCGCCGUUGCCAUUUGAUUUAGAGGAGGAUCCAGGCUGGUCGCUGCCACCCCACCCUCCCUCAGUCCCUUGGGGCCAGAGGCCUGGAGAGCCCUGUCUUGCUCACAUUCCAGCUCCUGAGACAUUAAAGUCACUUCC